AUGCCAAGGACAAGAAAUAAGGAAAGAAAAAUUGGAAAACACAAUAAAGACGAAAUGAUGUCAGCAUUACUAAUGAUAGAAAAUGGUAGCUCCAUUAGGACGGCGGCAAAAACCAGUAAAAUUCCCUACCCUACAUUGCGCCGUUACAUUAAAAAAAAGCGUGAACAUGGUGAUUAUAUAUCACUUGAACCGAGGUAUAAUAUUAAUAAAGUGUUUACUGAAGAACACGAACAAAUAUUAUUAAAAUACUACAAAGACUGUGCACUAAUGUUCUACGGUUUGACCAUCAAAGAAUGUAGGAAGGUGGCUUACGCAAUGGCAAAGGUUAAUGGCAUUAAAAUACCCAGCUCAUGGGAAAGGGAUAAAAUGUCAGUAAAGAAACCAGAAGCUGUAAGUCUCGCACGUGCUACCUCAUUCAAUCGGGAAGCUGUGGCAAUAUUUUUUAAUAAUUUGGAGGAAUUGCUAAAACGGGAGCCUAGAUUCGUGGAUGGAACCCGAAUAUUUAAUCUUGACGAAACCGGUACAACAACCGUCCAAAAACCACAGAAAGUUGUGGCUCCAACAGGAGCUAAAGUAGGUAAAGUGACAAGUGGAGAAAAAGGCACUCUUGUCACUACUUGCUGUAUCGUUAGUGCCACAGGACAUGCCCUGCCUCCUGCUUUAAUAUUUCCUCGGAAAAACUUUAAAUACUUAAUGAUGCACGGUGCACCUCCAAGUAGUUUAGGUCUUGCGAGUCCUUCAGAAGAACAACACAGUUACUACCAAAACGUGACACCGUCAAAGCUACCAGAUGAAGAAUGCAAAGAUGAAAUUCAUCAAUCAAAAGAGCAUAUCAUCACUCCACUAAUGUUCCGUCCUCUGCUAAAGGCUGGUCCUCGUUCCAACAAACGGAAAGGUAGAAAAUUGGGUAAAAGCAUGAUAGCAAUGGACACUCCAGAAAAGGAAAGAAUAGCUGAGGAACGCACUGCAGCAUUAAAUAGAAAAGGUCAGCAUAAAAGAAAAGUUCUACAAGACUGUGGAAAUAAAAUCCUUCCAUUAACAAGUAAAAUCAGAAAGACACCAUAUAAGAAAAACAUGAAAAAAAUAGUUAUACCAGAUGACGACAGUGAAACCAGUGCAGGUGGAGAUAUAAUCCUUGAAAGUGAAACGGACCUAGAAUCGGUUGAGAAAGAUAACCAAGGAUAUGAAAUUAUUGAUGAAGAUUUUACUGAUUUACAGCGUAAGCCAAUGAUUAACGAAUACGUCCUAGUCUUGCUGCAAUGUAAAAAACGGGCUGUUUAUUACGUUGCGAAGAUUCUGGAAAUAGAAACUGACGAUGAAUAUUGCGUUUCGUACCUAAAAUUAAAAGAUCGUCAAAAUAAAACCUUUAUGUUUCCUCUAGAACCCGAUAUGGCUAAUGUGAAAGUCAGUGACAUUAAAAUGAUUCUUCCUCCUCCUUGUGUCAGGUACAAAACGUGUGAUUAA